AUUUGUAGUCGAGGAAGACUUCUUUUGAUAGCAGUAGCGGGAAGGCAAAGGCACUCCAACAUUCGCCUGCCACCAAAGUCCUGGAAAACUACUCAGGGCACAUUGACAGCCUACAAGUACAAGCACCUAGUCGACAGACUUCGAUCAUUUUCAGCUGCACAACAUCGUUAUUAUUGAAUUUUCUAUUUUAGUAAUUCCGAAAUCUGCUCGGUUCGAUCGUGCCCAUGACUUGAGUCCUUUGGGCGUAGGUGGCUUACUUCUUAGCAUUGCUUUGCUGAUGAUAUUGCCCGCAAGACGUGGAGACCAGCUGAUUGUCGGCUAUGGGCUGCGCCGAGUCGAGGGAGUGCUUUGCGCCAGACAUCGAGCACAGCGGAUCGGAGUACAACGCAGCUGUCAUUGAGCGAUGCCCGUUGCUCACCGAGAGGUACCGUCCGCCAUCGCUGUGGGGCCGUAAUGGCCAUGCUCAGUGUAUCGUCUUCUGCACGCUGGGCAGGCAGUACGCACACAGCACGCCCGGAGUCCAGGCCACCAUGGUCGCGCUGAAGAGUGCUCAGGACGGCACGACGAUCACGUUCGACAUGUUCGUGCGCGAGGACGUCGGCCGCGCGAGGGCGCAGGCCGAGGACGCACCCUGGGUGUUGAUCGCGCCGGGCAUCUGCAACUGGAGCCAGUCUGACUACGUGCAGAGCUUUGUGCAGUACGCGCUGCACGUGCACCCACACUGGAGAGUGGCCGUUCUCAAUCAUCUCGGCACGGACUCGAGAAUGCUGCCCACUUCGGCACGUGUGUUCAAUCUAGGUUGCUGUGAGCCGUUUGACCUGAUGGUGAAGCACAUCCACAGGCGAUGGCCCGACGCUCCGCUCGUCGCGCUGGGCUUCAGCAUGGGAGCGAACAUCAUUCUGAAAUACCUAGGCGAGGAUCCGAGCAGGCAGGCACUGUUCAGUGCUGCCGUCUCGUGUUGCCAGAGCUAUGUGUUCAGCCCGUCGUUGGAGUACUACGAGCACUCGCUGCUACUUCGCUUCUACUCCUCCGUCAUAGCACGGCGAGUGCUUGGCCUGGUGAAGCCGCACCGCAGCAUGUACUUCAACUAUUGGCGGAGGGCCGGUUACAUCCGUGACGGUGGCGACGGCAGUGCAAUGGCGUCGGAAAAGAACCAGGAUACCGAAGAGCUCCUGGGCCCGACGAGGCCGGUGCAUGCCUGCAAUGAUCCCGACAGCACGUGCCGCAAGAAUGCCGUUGCGAACGCCCGCUUCCCGCCGGGCAUCAAUUUGACAACAGCUGACGAUGGUGGUGAAGGGUCAAUUGUCGAGAAUGUGCAUGAGGACGUCGUGUUUUCCUCCUACCAUAUGGGAGAUCUCGAUCGCAAUUUCUUCAGACCCAUGAAUGGGUAUGCAACCGUGCACGACUACUACGCCGCAAUGAGCUCGGCGUUUUACCUCCAUAAGGUAACAGACGUACCCGUCAUGCUGCUGAAUGCCGAUGAUGACCCUGUUGCACCACCGGAGGAUGUCUACCACCAUGCGAGAACAAUCCUGGAUGUCAACCCACGUUCACUGUUCGUGCACACACGCCACGGCAGUCACAUGGCGUACUACAGCGGUGGUUGUGUGCUGCCCGAUGAUCACAAUGUCUUCGAUCAGAUGCUGCUCCAGUAUAUCACGGCAGUGCUGAGCAUGCCUGACCGAUAGCUCAGUGCCGUUCAGACUCCUGUCUCUGCCUGGCCGAUGCCUGUCCUCGGUGCGAUUCUCCUCUCUAUCGAUUCAGCACUCUUCCGUGCGCUGUGAGUGUGUGCAUACUACGACUACCCUUGUUGGCAUAUUCAGUGAAGUCAGCUUGUCCCAGGUCAAGCAUGGAACCUGCUUGUCACGGGCAGACGUUUCACACAUUUAAGCAGCAGCAGCAGCAGCUAACAUUACCGUAAAGUACCGCCAGAGCGCCCCACCAUCUUGUCCUUUCGUGGUCGUCUCGUGGAGGUGGCUUCCUGUCUGUAGCCUCAUACGACACGAACCUUGUACAAACAAUGCACGUUGUGCAGGCAAUCCAUACCCAGUUUACCUUUGAGGGGAUGCGAGCUCCACAUAAGAACAUGUCACGUGUGACCUUAGUACACUAAGUUCUCACACCGUACAAACUUAGUAGCCCUCUGCCAUAUGAUUUUCUUCCAAUGGCUGUAAAAUCAAGGUGGGGCACUCUCGCGAGACGGGGUGCUCUGGCGGUACUUUACGGUACUUGUGCUCCUGUUGCACCACUGACUUGAGAUCGACAUGCCAGGCACCUUGCUGCUUGCACUGAUGAAUUCGAAACACGGUCGGCCAGCAGCGCCCUGUUAGCUCCCGCCAUGUCUUGCCAAUCGUCCCAGCUUACCUGAGUACCAAUGCCAGCGGGGAGCCUGUUGCUGUCUGUACCCUGUGUACAUGUCCGUGCUGCUAAGUGGAAGUUUGUAGAUGCGGGGCUGUAGCAUUAAACGCCAUGCUACAUUACACUACUUGUGAGUUGCCCUUUACGCCGUCCCCUGCGCCCAGUGCCAUCACGCUACAUGGCUUUGGCAUCUCGUAGCUGCCUUGCCAUACUGGUAAACCAACAGUGUUACUGCCAACCGGCGGAGCAUUGCCUGCAUGCACCAUUGUCUUUUACAGCGCAGGUGUCUUCCGCAUGCAGCGGUGUGAAAACUGCGUGGCUCCGUAGGUUUGCCACUAGUUCUCAAAAAACAUGUUCAAGUUUGUAACUUGUCCCAGACUCCCCAGAGAGAGAAAAGGUACCUAGUUUUUCUAUUUCUGAAUGCCGACUCUCUGUCUGCAGGCUCCAAAGUUUUUUCGUGUUAAAAUAUCCCGAAGAAAACUACAUGCAGCUCAGGGCCCUAUUGUAUGGCCUAGUGAUUGGUGAAAAAUAUCAGUUAAUUUACUAUUCAAAGAAGUAGUUUUAAUACCGUACUUUAUUUUGAAUUGUCCAUGUGUCUAUUCCAUGAUUGAUUGUUUCUAAACAUUGUAUACAUUUACUUGUUUUGCCUGCCACACCACUGAUUGAGGACGUAAACAUCCACGACAAUUUAUUAUAUCUGAAUUCAGUUUUACUUGUCCUAUCAUUUUUUACAGACCCUAUCAGCAUCUUUACAACAUCCAGUGUUUCGGCAACCACCUGAA